GCCCAUCCAAACCCCCCUUCUCCUUGUGCAAAACAAAGCCGAACAAACACACAUCCAUCUGUCUCUCACCCCCUGAAUCUCAUGUCUCGAGAUCCAGGCGCUGACUGACAGCAAACCACGUUUCGGGAUUUCGCUUACCUUCCGGUGAUUGCGCUUCCGUCCGGUCGGUCCAUGGCAUCCUGCGGCUUAGAAGGCACACCGCCCAGUGAAAGCUUCUUAAGCCGCAAGAAGAAGGAGAUCGUCGAGAGAUCUAUGGCUUUGUUUCAGCGGUCUCUGGAUCGAUGUCUUGAUAACCCAGUCUCUGCGCCGGCGGAAGACCUCGCCCAGGCGGCGGGGGUUGCCGCCCGGCGCCGGGCGAAGAGGGCGAGAGAUUGUGAUGACGGCGACGACGACGCUCGUGAGGAAGGGAAUGCGGCGGCGGUGAGGGACGCUGCGACGGGGACCGGGACGGGGACGGGGGUUGCAGCACGGGCGAAGAAGAAGCGGGCUAUCAGGGAGGGGAACGGUAGGAAAUUUGCUUGUCCAUUUUGCAAGCAUGAUCCGGUCAAGUAUAGGAAUAUUAAGACGUGCUGUGGGCCGGGGUGGGAGGAUGUUCAUCGCGUCAAGGAGCAUAUCUAUCGGCGCCACUCGCUGAAGAACUUCUGUCCUCGGUGCUUUGAGCACUUCGAUAAACCCGAGUCUCUCAAGAGCCAUCAGCGCGCUGAUGUUCCUUGCAAGGUGAGGGACCGGUGCCCAGACGCCGUUACCGAGGAGCAGGAGAAACUGCUACGCACCCGUGCCAAGUCGAACUGCACCGAGGUCAGCAAGUGGGAAGAGAUGUACCACGUCAUCUUCCCGGGCCAGAAGGUCCCGUCGCCGUACUACGACUCGAGAACAGACUCGUGCCCCGAUGGUGAGAAGAGCCGGUUCAAGAACGUAGACGAGGCGAGGGAGUUCCUGCGCACCGAGAUCCCCAAAUACGUCAGACCCGUCAUUGAGCAAUAUGCCACCGAGCUCAUCCAGGAGGUCCAGGGGAAGGUCAACCAGAAGACGGCCGAGAUCGCCCGCGAAGUCGAGGCCAGGCUACUCCGCACGUUCCACUUCCAGGAGGAGCAGUCGUCCACGCUGCUGUCCAGUAGCGCUUCCCUCUCCCAAGGCGGGGUGGCAGCCGCCGAGCCGAGCCCGCCAGCGAGCCCGAUGCCUGAGCUGUCCAAGGUCACCGAUAUGCUGGAGAGCAUGAAGGACGAUCCCAUCGCCAGCGAGCUGUGCAACAGCCUGCGUUUCGAUGUGGAUGACCUGUUUGCCACUGCGGAAGUCAUCGGGUGCGACACCUACAGCAUGGAUUCGGCCUACUACACGCAGUCGUCGAAUGGCGGUCACGGGCUUUAUGGCAUGGGCGGUCCGGGUUACGUCCCUCAUUACGAUGGCUCUGUCUGAUGCGUUGGUCGGGAGAUUUUGCUAUGUACGUUGAUUUGGGGUUGAAGACAUUUCUUUCGGCUUUCUGGGCACAACUGGCAAGUCAUUUGUUAUCGGGGUUGCAGCCUUAGGACCGGGACGAUUUGCGACGGCAGACU